AAACUCCUCAGAGCAACUGAAGUUUCCUUAUUCAGUUGAAGAUUGCUAUGGUGUAACUGAAGUUGUAUUUUGCUUCUCCCCUUAAUCCACUUUCUACCCCAUUCCCCCAACCUUGUUCUCUUAAGAACAUAGUAUAGAUUUGUUAGAAAUAGUACUACUUUCUUUCUCCCACCCCAAACCGCUACCUGUUUCUUCCUUGUUUGGACUAUCUGCUCCUCUAGAAGAUUUCACAGCAAUGCUGGGCUGCAGUGACUAUGUUCUAGACUCAAGAAUGAACAAUCCGUCAGAAACCGGUAAACCAUCUAUGGAGAGUGGAGAUGGCAACACAGGCACACAAACCAAUGGUCUGGACUUUCAGAAGCAGCCUGUGCCUGUCGGAGGAGCAAUUUCAACAGCCCAGGCCCAGGCUUUUCUUGGACAUCUCCAUCAGGUCCAGCUCGCUGGAACAAGUUUACAGGCUGCUGCUCAGUCUUUAAAUGUACAGUCUAAAUCUAAUGAAGAAUCGGGGGAUUCCCAGCAGCCAAGCCAGCCUUCCCAGCAGCCUUCAGUGCAGGCAGCCAUACCCCAGACCCAGCUUAUGCUGGCUGGAGGACAGAUAACUGGGCUUACGUUGACGCCAGCCCAGCAACAGUUAUUGCUACAGCAGGCACAGGCACAGGCACAGCUGCUGGCCGCUGCAGUGCAGCAGCAUUCCGCCAGCCAGCAGCACAGUGCUGCUGGGGCCACCAUCUCAGCCUCUGCCGCCACGCCCAUGACGCAGAUCCCCCUGUCUCAGCCCAUACAGAUCGCACAGGAUCUUCAACAACUGCAACAGCUUCAACAGCAGAAUCUCAACCUGCAGCAGUUUGUGUUGGUGCAUCCUACCACCAACCUGCAGCCAGCGCAGUUUAUCAUCUCACAGACGCCCCAGGGCCAGCAGGGUCUCCUGCAAGCGCAAAAUCUUUUAACGCAACUACCUCAGCAAAGCCAAGCCAACCUCCUACAGUCACAGCCAAGCAUCACCCUCACCUCCCAGCCAGCAACCCCAACACGCACAAUAGCAGCAACCCCAAUUCAGACACUUCCACAGAGCCAGUCAACACCAAAGCGAAUUGAUACUCCCAGCUUGGAGGAGCCCAGUGACCUUGAGGAGCUUGAGCAGUUUGCCAAGACCUUCAAACAAAGACGAAUCAAACUUGGAUUCACUCAGGGUGAUGUUGGGCUUGCUAUGGGGAAACUGUAUGGAAAUGACUUCAGCCAAACUACCAUCUCUCGCUUUGAAGCCUUGAACCUCAGCUUUAAGAACAUGUGCAAGUUAAAGCCACUUUUAGAGAAGUGGCUAAAUGAUGCAGAGAACCUCUCAUCUGAUUCGACCCUCUCCAGCCCAAGUGCCCUGAAUUCUCCAGGAGUUGAGGGCUUGAACCGUAGGAGGAAGAAACGCACCAGCAUAGAGACCAACAUACGUGUGGCCUUAGAGAAGAGUUUCUUGGAGAAUCAAAAGCCUACCUCGGAAGAGAUCACUAUGAUUGCUGAUCAGCUCAGUAUGGAAAAAGAGGUGAUUCGUGUUUGGUUUUGUAACCGCCGCCAGAAGGAAAAAAGAAUCAACCCACCAAGCAGUGGUGGGACCAGCAGCUCACCUAUCAAAGCAAUUUUCCCCAACCCAACCUCACUGGUGGCGACCACGCCAAGCCUUGUGACGAGCAGUGCGGCAACUACCCUCACAGUCAGCCCUGUCCUCCCUCUGACCAGCGCUGCUGUGACUAAUCUCUCGGUUACAGGCACUACAGACACCACCUCCAACAACACGGCAACCGUGAUUUCCACAGCACCUCCUGCUUCCUCCGCAGUCACAUCCCCCUCUCUGAGCCCCUCCCCUUCUGCCUCAGCCUCCACCUCCGAGGCAUCCAGUGCCAGUGAGACCAGCACAACACAGACCACCUCCACUCCUUUGUCCUCCCCUCUUGGGACCAGCCAGGUGAUGGUGACAGCAUCAGGCUUGCAGACAGCAGCCGCCGCCGCCCUCCAAGGAGCUGCGCAGUUGCCAGCAAAUGCCAGUCUUGCUGCCAUGGCUGCUGCUGCAGGACUAAACCCAGGCCUGAUGGCACCCUCACAGUUUGCGGCUGGAGGUGCCUUACUCAGUCUCAAUCCAGGGACCCUGGGCGGUGCUCUCAGCCCAGCUCUGAUGAGCAACAGUACACUGGCAACUAUUCAAGCUCUUGCUUCUGGUGGCUCUCUUCCAAUAACGUCCCUGGAUGCAACUGGGAACCUGGUGUUUGCCAAUGCAGGAGGAGCCCCCAACAUCGUGACUGCCCCCCUGUUCCUGAACCCUCAGAACCUCUCUCUGCUCACCAGCAACCCGGUUAGCUUGGUCUCUGCCGCCGCAGCCUCCGCAGGGAACUCUGCACCUGUAGCCAGCCUUCACGCCACCUCCACCUCCACUGAGUCCAUCCAGAACUCUCUCUUCACAGUGGCCUCUGCCAGUGGGGCUGCGUCCACCACUACCACCGCCUCCAAGGCACAGUGAGCUGGGCGGAGCUGGGCUGCCACAAGCCUUUUUCACUCUGUGGUGUGAUUGGGCUGCCAGCCAGGUUAAUAAACUGAAAAAUGUGAUUAGCUUCCUCUCGCCAUGUUGUAAGGGCAAAGGAGAGAAGGGAGA